AUGAUACACGAGUGGUACGAGACAAGAGAAGAGGCCAAAAUUAUUAUCUAUCCGAUAUCAGAAGAUGUAAAAACGGUUGUAAGGACAGGGGAAAUUCUUUCUAUAAACAUGCUAUCUAGUACUUAUACCAUAAGAAUAAUCCAUGAAUAUACUGUAGAGGGAUACAGACGGGCCAAUGACCAAUUGGAAAUAACACUAAAGAAGCCGUUCAGUAAAAAAUGGACUAAAUUAGACUCUGUGCCUGUUAUGUCAUUUGAAAAACAGAAAGAGAUAAAAACAGACAAAGAAACUCUAUCGAAUGAUCCUGUGAUGAAUAUGUUUAUGGAGGUGUACGCGAAUGCAUCAGAUGACAUAAAAAGGGAAAUGAACAAGUCAUUCUAUGAAUCAUCUGGCACAGAGCUAAGAACGCAUCGUAAGACAGAUAAAGAUGAGUAAAAAACAGUUAAACCAGU